AUGAAUCCCAUCCUUAAGGAUAAAGAUAAAAUCAGAUGGAAGUUUGACGAUAUCGACACACUUGAUAAUCAAAGAAGAGUUAGUGAGGUUUUGAAGACGAAAGAUGGAUGUGAAUGGUGAGAACUUAGAUAGCUUGAAAGAUACAAAUAAUUGUGGAAAUCGUUUUUUCAGGAAAAUUUUUGUGUUUUCGGAAGUUGAAGAAGGUAUCAAGCAUUUUAAUCUGUAUUUACGUGCUAUAAAUGAAAAACGAAAUUGGUUAAACGAAGUUUAUUAUGAUGUUGAGAUUUUUGAUGCAAAAGGAAAUAUGCUAAAAAAUCUACACAGCUAUGAUUCUGUAUUAUUCAGGAAAGGAAUGCUUUCUUGGGGAAGACAUUUUGAGUGGUCUGAUAUUUUCGGUAAUGUGGAAGAAGUUAUCAAAUCCAUCGACAUCGAAUUUGACAUUUUGUACAAGAUUUAUGAUUUUGCGAGAAAUGCAUCGAUUUUCUCAGAUUUCAUUAUUAAAAUUGGAGAGAACAACUUUUUUGUAAGCAAAGGUCUGCUCUGUUCAUCAUCAAAGUAUUUCAACAACCGAAUUUUGAAAGCUCGUGAACAGGUUAUCAGUUUGAUUGAUGUCUCAUCUGAUGAUUUUUUGAUUUUGUUGGCCGCUAUAUUACCAGACCCAAUAGAAAUAACAGGUCAGUUUGAAAACACACAUUUCAACGUGAAUUUAGUUGUUCAGAACGAACUUAUGGAAUAUUACUAGAUUUGUCGCAAAGAUUCGAAAUGGACUCAUUGAAAGAAAGAUGUUUAAAAUAUUUCACAGAAAAUGACUGCAAGAAAAUUUUGGAAAAAGUAAGAAACGCUGAAAUGAAAAAUGAUUGCUCAAUUGUAAGUUUUAUCGUGUUUCUGUUUUUUUUUCAAUUUCUAAAUUAUUACAGCCUGCUAUUCUUUCAUCGGUAAAAAGGCCUAUCGAGCUGAAAAUGUUAUUAGAAAGCGAUACCUUCACGGAUUUCGAAAAUAUCACAAAACUACAUUUUUUGAAUGCUGCAUCCAAGUUUCUCAUAUGAUUUAAUAUUUCUUCGAAUGAAUUUUGGUUCCUUGUUUGUUUGCAAAUCAAAAUGCAUUAGGAUCGAAUUAAAUUUUCAAUAUAAAAGUAGCUGCUGAUUCCAAAAAAUAACAACAAAAUGUCAAAACUUGUUUCUCUUCUCGUUUUUAUCUCAAUGAUUGCCUUCACUUUGGCUCAAAAAAGAUGUUACGAUACCAGCGAAUGUCCAGAUCAUCAAUAUUGCAUGUUCACCAAUGGAAUCGGAUAUUGCGGACCAUAA